AUGACAACUUUCUUGGCUCCCACACGAUUCCGUUCAUCUCUUCUUCGCUAUCGUUUGAUUAACCUUAAACCCUUUUCUUCACAGUCCCAAUUUCCCAAUCCACCCAACAAUCAGAGUCGAGACACCGAUUCCAAUACCGAAACAAUCUCAGAGCUAGAAUUUCCCCAUCUAACCCCAAAACCGAAUCAUUUACCUUUGAUUCCAUCCGGCGAGCCCGAGAAUCGAUCCGACGACGUGGACGACGCUCGUGUAAUCGAAGUGCUUCUAGGUCGUAAGAACGACCCAGUCUCGGCUCUUGAGUACUGCAAUUGGGUCAGGCCUUCGAAUCGGAUCUGCGAAAUCGGAGAUGUCUUCUGGGUUCUCAUUCACAUCCUCGUUACCUCUCGUGAGACUUACGACCACGCCAGCAAUCUCCUCGUUGAGUUCGUUUCGAUCAAUCCAACGCUGAUCCCAACCGUGAUGGUUAACGAUCUGGUCGAAUCGGCUCAAAGGUUUGAUUUUGAACUCAAUCCACGAGCUUUCAAUUACUUGUUGAAUGCUUAUAUCCGAAACAGUCGAACGGAUGAUGCUGUGGAUUGCUUUAACCUAAUGUUGGACCGAAAUGUGACUCCUUUUGUGGCGUAUGUGAACAAAGUUUUGAGCUUUUUGUUACGGAGUGAUUCGGUAGACGAAGGUAAGGAGGUUUAUGAUAAGAUGGUUGUGAUUGGUGGUGUUGGUGGUGAUAACGUUACGACGCAGCUGUUUAUGCGAGCCUGCUUGAGAGAACGAAAGCCUGAAGAGGCUGUGAAGAUUUUUAAGAGAGUGAUGAGUAGAGAGGAAGAAGCAGAGCCAGAUAGUGAAAUGUAUAGUCUUGCUGUUCAGGCUGCUUGUAAGAUUCCGGAUUUGGCUAUGGCUUUGGGUUUGUUGAGAGAAACGAGAGAGAAGUUUGGUGUCCCUGCCACGCAGGAGACUUACACUAGCGUGAUUGUGGCUUCUGUGAGGGAAGGUAAUAUGGAGGAGGCUUUGAGGGUUAAGGAUGAGAUGGUUGAGUUUGAGAUACCGAUGAGUUUGAUCGCUGCAACGAGUUUGAUUAGCGGAUAUUGCAAGGGGAAUGAGUUGGGUAAGGCUUUGGAUUUGUUUGAUAAAAUGGAGGAGGAAGGUUUGGCUCCGGAUAGAGUUAUGUUUACGGUUAUGAUAGAGUGGUUUGUUAAGAAGGAGAAGAUGGAGAAAGCUGUUGAGGUUUACAAACGGAUGAAAUCUGCAGGGGUUGUUCCUUCGUCUGUUCUUGUUCACACGAUGAUCCAAGGGUGUUUGAGAGCCUGGUCACCGGAAGUGGCGCUUGAGAUCUUUGACGACUGUUUUGAGACAGGGCUUGUGAAUGGUUUUAUGUGUAGCAAGAUUUUGUCAUUGUUAUGCAAGCGAGGUAAGGUUGAUGAAGCGAGGAGGUUGUUGAGUAUGAUGGAGAGUAAUGGGAUUGAGGCUGGUGUGGUUUCUUACAAUAACGUCAUGCUUGCUCAUUGCAGAGCUAAGAACAUGGACUUGGCUCGUUUGGUGUUUUUGGAAAUGCUGGGAAAGGGUAUAGAGCCUAAUGGCUACACUUAUUCCAUAUUGAUUGAUGGAUUUUUCAAGAAUCAUGAUGAAAAGAGUGCUUGGGAUGUCUUCAAUCAGAUGGUUGCUUCUAACUUUGAAGCUGAUGAAGUCGCAUAUAACACAUUCGUCAAUGGCUUGUGUAAAGUUGGUCAGACGUCUAAAGCAAGAGAGGUGUUGCAAAACCUCUUCAAAGAGAAACGAUGUUUCAUGAGUUGUAUGAGUUACAAUACUAUCAUAGAUGGAUUUUUCAGAGAAGGGGAAGCAGAUUCUGCUGUUGAAACUUACAGAGAGAUGAGUGAAAACGGUGUCUCCCCGAAUGUUGUCACCUUCACAAGCCUGAUCAACGGAUUCUGCAAAAUUGGCAGAAUGGAUCUUGCUCUUGGAAUGAUACAAGAAAUGAAAAGCAAGAAUCUGAAACUUGAUAUUCCAGCGUAUGGUGCUCUAAUAGAUGGGUUCUGUAAGAACCGGGACAUGGAAACCGCAGAUUCUAUGUUCUCUGAGCUCCUGGAACAAGGAUGGAUUCCAAAUCUGACUGUCUACAACAGUUUGAUCUCAGGGUAUCGUAAUCUUGGAAACAUGAAAGCAGCGACUGACCUGUACAAGAAAAUGGUGAGUGAUGGAAUAAAAUGUGAUCUGUUUACAUACACAACGCUUAUCGAUGGGUUGUUAAAAGAUGGGAAUCUGAGCUUUGCCUCUGAUUUGUACUCGGAGGUGGUUGCUUCGGGUUUUGUCCCUGAUGAAGUCUUGUACGUGGUGCUUGUCAACGGUCUAAGCAAGAAAGGACAGUUUUUGAGGGCAAGCAAGAUGUUAGAGAAGAAAGAUGUGACUCCGAGUGUGCUUAUUUACAGUUGUGUUAUCGCAGGACAUUAUAGAGAAGGAAAUCUUGAUGAGGCUUUUAGACUGUAUAAUGAGAUGCUUGAGAAAGGUCUUGUCCCUGAUGAUACUAUAUUUGACAUACUUGUGAGUGGAAAAGUUGAGAAACCUCCUGUUGCAGCAAAGGUUAGUAGCUUGGCUUCUCCUGAGACGAGACCUUUGAUCUUUGGAAGACAUGUAUAA